AACUUCGACCACUUCCAGAUCCUGCGAGCCAUCGGGAAAGGCAGCUUUGGCAAGGUGUGCAUCGUGCAGAAGCGGGACACAGAGAAGAUGUACGCCAUGAAGUACAUGAACAAGCAGCAGUGCAUCGAGCGCGACGAGGUCCGCAACGUCUUCCGGGAGCUGGAGAUUCUGCAGGAGAUCGAGCACAUCUUCCUGGUGAACCUCUGGUACUCCUUUCAGGACGAGGAGGACAUGUUCAUGGUCGUGGACCUGCUCCUGGGUGGGGAUUUGCGCUACCACCUGCAGCAGAAUGUCCAGUUCUCUGAGGACACGGUGAGACUGUACAUCUGCGAGAUGGCACUGGCCCUCGACUAUCUGCGAAGUCAGCACAUCAUUCACAGAGACGUCAAGCCUGACAACAUUCUCCUGGAUGAGCGCGGACACGCGCACCUGACGGACUUCAACAUCGCCACCAUCAUAAAGGACGGGGAGCGGGCGACAGCCUUAGCCGGCACCAAGCCCUAUAUGGCUCCGGAGAUCUUCCACUCUUUUGUCAACGGUGGCACUGGCUACUCCUUCGAGGUGGACUGGUGGUCGGUGGGGGUGAUGGCCUACGAGCUGCUUCGAGGAUGGAGGCCCUAUGACAUCCACUCCAGCAAUGCUGUGGAGUCCUUGGUGCAGCUGUUCAGCACCGUGAGCGUCCAGUAUGUCCCCACCUGGUCCAAGGAGAUGGUGGCCCUGCUGCGCAAGCUCCUAACGGUGAACCCGGAGCACCGGUACUCCAGCCUCCAGGACAUGCGGGCGGCCCCGGCGCUGGCCGGCGUGCUGUGGGAUGACCUGAGCGAGAAGAAGGUGGAGCCUGGCUUUGUGCCCAACAAAGGCCGCCUGCACUGCGACCCCACCUUCGAGUUAGAGGAGAUGAUCCUGGAGUCCAGGCCGCUGCACAAGAAGAAGAAGCGCCUGGCCAAGAACAAGUCGCGGGACAACAGCAGGGACAGCUCCCAGUCCGAGAAUGACUAUCUCCAAGACUGCCUUGAUGCAAUCCAGCAAGACUUUGUGAUUUUCAACAGAGAAAAGCUGAAGAGGAGCCAGGACCCCCCGAGCGAGCCUCUGCCUGCCCUCGAGCCCAGGGACGCUGCGCAGCCCUCAGAGGACGGGGAGGCGGAGCAUUCCGGCCUGCCCAUGUGCGGCUCCAUCUGCCCCUCGGGGAGCAGCUAGGUGGCUGGGGUCAGCGCCCGCGGCCGUCACCUCUCAGGUUGCUUUGGAGACUCGGGCCGGCCGGAGGGAGGGCCGCAGGGCUGAGGCCCACAUCCACAUCCCCCCCGAGCAGCCGCGGCUGGCCGUGCCCACAUGCCUGGCACGUCUUACCCCUUGGGCUCGCGGUGGUGCAUGGUGACAAGAAGCUGUGGACGUGGCCGAGAGCAGCAGGAGCGGCCAGCGCUGGUCAAGGGCAGCUCGCUGGGCAGGCAAGGAGGGCCGUGCCACCCGGGCCCCAGCAGCCUGCUGUGGUGGAGGAAGGCCUGCGGCAUCGGCCCUCACUGCCCCCGUGGCCGUCUUGCCACCGGCGGGCAGCUCAAGGGAGGCCAGGGCCCUGGGCAGGACAGGAGCCGCCGGCCCUCUGGCCCCACACGGACUCUGUACAUAGCCUUCAUGCCACAGCAGGAGCCGCCUAGGCUCUGCCCAGUUCUCGGAGAUGAGGGGCAGGGGGUUGGGGGAGGGCCGGGCUGGGAACGUGGAGAAUGUUUUCUAGAGCUACACACUGUUCCAGCAGUUUCUGCUGUGUUUCUGUAUAGUUUUCACCACUGAGAAUUACAAUACAAGAACGUUCUGUGUCUGUUCCGCUCCUGCCAGGGCUCAGCCUCCUUGUCCGCGUUCUGCACGGAGAGAGCCUGGCCGUGACUUGGGGCAGCCAGGGUGGUGGGCGGCUAUUCACGACAAGGCCCUCCAGAGCUCCAGGACCUCAGCCUUAGGGCGGGCGCCGGUCUCUGUGGUCCUGGAGCCACAAGACUGUUGGCGGCGGUGGUGGUGCCAAGGGCAGAGGAUCCUGGGGCAGGGUCUCGCGAGCUGGGGCCACCGCCGUGCCAGGCAGUGCGUGGCCCUCCAAGGAGCGACACCUCCCUCUGGUUCUGUGGUCAGAACAGGGUCACAGGCUGCACACUUUGCGUCCCUCCCGUCCAAGGGAAGACAGCUUGGCCCAUCCACCCAGGCACCACCCAGGCCUGUGCAGCUUGCUUUGGAGGAAUGAGUGUGUCGUGUCUGUGCCCCUCCCAGGCACGACGCAGGCCUGUCCGGGCCUGUGUCUGUGAGCCCCGCUUCCUCCACCCCUGCCGACAGACGUCGUCCUCCUCUCUCCGGCCAGGCUGUGAGAUGACGGGGGUCCCAAGCGACCAGACUGGGGAGGAACUGUGCAAGGAGCAGUGAGCACAGCUCCAGGGCAGAGGACACAGCUGACCGUCACUCCUCCCACCCCUGCCCUGGCGGCAGUUAGCCUUCAGACCCUCAGGGAGGCCUGGCCUGCAGAAGCUCAGCGUGGUGUGGGCAUGGGGAGGGAGGGGCGGCCCGGCUCCAGCAAGGACCUGGAGGUGGACACCUGUGGUGUCAGAGGCAGGCACGGGAGGAGAGGUUUGGGGACUUGAAUAAAUGCAUGUUGGAGACCCCA